UUUCAAUUUACAGAACCACAAGAUCUAUGCUGGUGUAGAAAAGAAUGACAUGCAAAAGUUUGUUCCAGUCGGCGUUGGAAGGUUGUGUGAAUGGAAACACAAAACGGUUGACAUGGCAGCAGAGUCCAGUACAUUCAUGGAUUACAAGCAGACCUUGAAUAUAUUCUGUGAUAGUGGCGAACCUGGAGAAUUCAUUUGGACUCCUGACAAAAAUACACCAGAUCUUGUCUACUAUCAGUGCUACACACACAAAAAUUUAGGCUGGAAAAUUCACGUGACAGGCAACAGUGAUCGUCUUCACCCACUACUGUUCAUGUGUCUGGUGCUUGCCGUUGUGCCCAUCAUCUCUCAAGUUAAGAGAAAAUAAGGGAUGUCUGUUUUUCACCUUUAGUUUUCUAAUGGAAUAUAAUCUUGUAAUUAAGCCUAUUUUAUUUUAUAACAUCUUAUUCAUUGCGCGCAUUUGAUGAGUUACAUUGGAAAUGUGUCUUGAAAGUAAAUUACAAAAAAAAUAUAUUGUGGUAAAAAUUAAUUUUCAUUCGUACAGACUUCACUGAAAUUAAUGUGAAAAGAAUUUAGUAAAUUUUAGAUUCAGUGUUUUUGUCGUUAGAUAUUGAAGUUUCAUUCGUAAAGAAUUCACUGAAAAUAAUGUCGAAAUGGCUUAAUAAAUGCUAGACCUUUGUCGCUAGAUAUUAAAGUUUCAUUCAUACAGACUUCACUAAAAAUAAUGUCGAAAGGGCUAAGUAAAUUCUAGAUUCAAAAGACCUUCGUCGCUAGAUAUUAAAGUUUCAUUCAUACAGACUUCACUAAAAAUAAUGUCGAAAGGGCUAAGUAAAUUCUAGAUUCAAAAGACCUUCGUCGCUGCAACUCUCACCUUCUACUCGGAUGACUGGAAUAUCUAGAGCAUAUUAUUUGUAGCUACCUGUCAUGGUUAACCUAAGGCUAGUUGCUGCCCUAGGCAAAAUUUUGAAAUGCUGUUUCCAACGGAACCAGUCUCUAUUAUCAUAGGUUAAUAUAUAUAGAUGGGGAAAAAUUAAAAUGUUAACAGAAAAUAGGGACCCUUGGUUAUUUGCAGAACAGCUAUAAGAAGUAUCCUAACAAAAUAAAUGCUGCAAUAAAAGCACACAAACAAUUAAAGUGAUACUAGUUGGUUAGAUUUUAAAACGAUUUUCAAUCCCUAAUUUGGUUGGCAUUGUGUUCCGUAUAGAUAAAUGUAGGGAUUGAAAACCGUUUUAAAAUUAAUCCUACUAGUAUCACUUUACUUGUUUGUGUACUUUUUAUUGUAGCAUUUAUUUUGUUAGGAUACUUCUUAUGGCUGUUCUACAAAUAACCAAGGGUCCCUACUUUCUGUAAACAUUUUAAUUUUUUCCCCUAUUUACUUGUUCAGUUUUUAUGUCCAUGGAAUGAGCACAACAUCUAUAAACUUUCAGUAUAGCCAUAUCCCUUAUA